AUGGCUUUGACUUGGACAACAAUUGCACUACUUGUUGCACUUGCUUAUGUUGUGCAAGCAUGGUUGAGGAACAGUAAUAAGCGAUUACCUUCUGGUCCGAAAGCAAUCCCAAUUUUGGGACACUUUCAUUUGGUAGAAAAGCUUCCUCACCGAGAUCUGCAACAACUAGCCAAAGAAUAUGGUCCUAUCAUGUACAUGCGCUUUGGUUUCGUUUCCAACAUCAUCGUCUCAUCCCCAGAAGCUGCCGAGCAGUUUCUCAAGACACAUGACCUUGUUUUUGCUGGUAGGCCAGCUCAAGAGACUGCUAAGUAUAUUUCUUAUGAUCAAAGGAACUUAACCUUUUCCGAAUACGGCCCUUAUUGGCGCACUAUGCGUAAGUUGUGCACCUUAGAAUUGCUUAGCAGCCUUAAAAUAAAUUACUUCAAGCCUAUGAGAUCCGAGGAGGUUGGACUUUUGAUCGAAUUCAUUAAACUGGCAGCCCGGGAUCGUGUUGCUGUUGAUCUUACUGCCAAAGUCACAUCCAUGAAUGCAGACAUGAGUUGUCGGAUGAUGUUUGGGAAGAAGUACGCGGACAAAGAAUUUGACGAGAGGGGGUUCAAAGCUGUGAUUCAAGAGGGCAUGCAGUUGGGGGUCACGCUUAACCUUGGAGACUUCUUUGCCUUUGUCGGGGCACUUGACCUUCAAGGACUGCAACGGCGCAUGAAGGCUAUUAGCAAGGUGUUUGAUGGGUUCUUUGAGAAGAUAAUUGAUGACCAUGUUCAAGCUAGGGACAAAGGCCAAACCAAGGACUUUCUUGAUAUCUUGUUGGCCUUCAUGGAAUCUGAAGAAGCUGAGUACCGUAUUGAUCGUGCUCAUAUCAAAGCCAAUCUGCUGGACAUGCUUGCAGCUUCAUUUGACACUUCUUCAGCAACAAUUGUUUGGGUACUCUCGGAACUCUUGAGGAAUCCAGAAGUGAUGAAAAAGGUCCAGAAAGAAUUGGAAGAAGUGGUGGGCAUGGACAGGAUGGUGGAGGAAUCAGACCUGGAAAGAUUGGAGUACUUGGACAUGGUGCUGAAGGAAACCUUCAGGCUCCACCCAGUCGCACCAUUAAUGCUCCCACAUCAGGCUAUGGAAGACUGCACAGUUAAUGGUUUCCACAUACCCAAAAAGUCUCGAGUCACCAUAAACAUUUGGGCAAUUGGGCGGGAUCCAAAGUUAUGGACUGAUGCCGAGAAGUUCAUCCCAGAAAGAUUUGUUGGCAGUACUAUAGAUAUCCAGGGACGUGACUUCCAACUUAUCCCAUUUGGCUCUGGCCGAAGAGGCUGCCCUGGGAUGCAAUUGGGCCUCACCAUUGUCCGGCAAGUGGUGGCACAAUUGGUGCAUUGCUUUGAUUGGGAGCUUCCAAAUGGCAUGUUGCCCACAGAGCUGGACAUGACUGAGGAGUUUGGUUUAGUGAUAAAUAGAGCUCAGCAUAUACUGGCAAUUCCUACUUAUCGCCUUAACAAAUGA